AUAUAUAAAUUAAUGGCUCGGACAUCGCUUGCCGCCCGAUUCGGACAAUCAAUCACUCUCAACGCCCUCCGAUCAUACAUUGCAGAGUUCAUCUCAACCUUUCUCUUUGUCUUCGUUGUUGUGGGCUCCACCAUGUCAUCGCGGAAAUUGAUGCCAGAUGCUUCUUCUGAUCCAGCCAGUCUGGUGGUGGUUGCAGUCGCCAAUGCCUUCGGCUUGGCGGCGGCCGUGUUUAUGGCCGCCAAUAUCUCCGGCGGCCAUGUGAAUCCGGCAGUCACCUUUGGAAUGGCGGUUGGAGGCCACAUUAGUGUCCCAACCGCUCUAUUUUAUUGGAUUUCUCAAAUGUUGGCCUCAGUUAUUGCUUGUGUUGUUUUGAAAGUUACUAUUAUUGGACAGCAUAUUCCAACUUAUUCAAUUGCUGAAGAAAUGACUGGGUUUGGGGCCUCAAUCAUGGAAGGUGUGGCUACAUUUACACUGGUGUACACUAUCUAUUCAGCGGGUGACCCUCGACGAGGCCCGUUUGGUGCAAUUGGGCCUGUAGUGAUUGGGCUGUGCGCAGGAGCCAAUGUCCUUGCAGUAGGCCCAUUUUCAGGGGGUUCCAUGAACCCAGCCUCUGCAUUUGGGUCAAGCGUGGUUGCUGGCACUUUCAAGAACCAAGCAGCGUACUGGGUUGGGCCCUUGUUUGGAGCCACGAUUGCUGGGCUUUUGUACGACAAUGUUGUGCACCCAAAUCAACCCACUGGAACAGCAGGAGUAUCAAUUGGAGUUGAGGUGUAAGACCUCUUUAAAGACCUAUAUAACUAUAUAAGUAUCAAUUUUAUGUUGUUGUAGCCUCAGUUGUAUGGUAGUUAAGAUCUGUGGGACAUAAUCUACGGCAGUUAUUGUAGUUUUAUUUAUUAAGAUUGAUGAAAACUUUGUUAAUCUAAUAUAAUAUGAAAUGCUUAUACGUACAUUUUCUCACUCUCU